AUGGGAGGCUACUUCUCGAAAAAAGACCAAAAGGAGCAAAAUUUUGCGAGUUCUCAAGACUACCAGAGCGGAUUCAAAGUUCCUGCCGAGCCAAAGACUCUUUACAGACCAGACGUUUUCGUUGAUUUUUAUCAGUCAAACCUUUUCAAGGACGCAGAUGGAUGCGAAGCAAACGAAUUCUACGUCCAGGCAGGUUCGGGUAACAUGUACAAAGUGAAACGAUCCAAGCUGAAACCCGUCGGCUUGAAAGAAUACGCCUGGCCAAUGCUUGCCCUUACUUGCCCAAUGGUUGUUUGCGAAGAAGACUCGUUGAUGACCUACGUCCGUCGAAGAUUCCACUAUGUCGAUCGCUACCCAUCAGACUAUAUCUUCGACAAGUGA